AUGCUGUUCCAAGCCUAUACAGGCGGUCGACCAGCGGAAUUCGUUCACGCAUCAAAGGGCAAAGCAAGUGAAGACCCUCUCGGCGAGAGGAUAGAGGCCAAUAAGAACGCCCAACCCCACAAGCCGACGCAUGGUAAUCACGACGAGGAGAGUGAUGCUGACAUUGAUGGCAAUGACAGCAAUGCUGACGAUGGCCUUGGAUCCGAUGACGAGAUGAUAUUCGACUCUGAGGAUGAUAGAAGCGAUGACGGCACCGCCGAUAAAGACAUGGACAAGUACGGCUCGGAUAGCGGCUACAACAGUGACAGGACAGAUGUCACCAUGACAGAGGAUACGAACAAGUCCUACACGGCCGAGAUCGACGAGUGUGGACAGCCUCUACGCCAGAACUUGGACGCCGCCAAGCCUAGCGAGUUCGAGGAGGUCAAGCGGGAGUACAAGGCGCUCUGUUAUGAGGACAUUUGUCUCUGGAUUGUACAGAACCCGAAGCGGGGGGAGAGAGAUCUGCUGGCCAUGGAGGUCCACUUCCGGCAUCACAAAGGGGUGGAUAACAAGCCUAAGCCCACGACCUUCCUCUUCAGGGAGAAUUCCCUCCCUAUCCUUUGCCCAAUCUCCCACAUCUUGACCCGUGCGAUCCGCGACAACGCGAUCCUCGUCGAUGGCUACACUUCAGCUGAGCCUUUCUUCGACACGGACCUGGGGGGUCAGAACGUGAAGGCAAUGAAGGUCCAUUGGAAGCCGGAAUGGCUCAAGCGACCCCUCUUUCGGCUGUCAGUCUGGACCACGGACGGCUGGGUGAAGUCGACGACCAAACCAAUGACCUACUCGAAGUAUGCCUUCUAUCUGAACCGUAUUGGGCAAGACGCGGGCUUGGAAGACAGGCUGACGAGCUACUGUUUCCGCCGAGGCCUUGUCAAUGCCAUCGAUGGUAAGGCCCCCGAUGCUGUACGGGAUCAAGUCAUGAGACAUAAUCCCUUCACGGGGGUUUUCAACGAGGCAUACAACAAUCAAGCUGUGAGAUUCAAUGUGCAAGACGCCUAUCUUGAGAGCGAUGUCACCGAUGAUGGGUUGACCCGGGCCUUCACCCACAUGAGCAUUCGAUGCAACCCUGGCGCUCCAAAGGAAGUUCCCCGAGAAGUGAUGGAUCGACUUCUCGCCGCUGAUCCAGGGAUUGCCAUCCUUCAGCGACAAUUCAAAGGGUCCCAUACCAGUAUCAAGUGGGACUACACUUUCAUCAAUCGAGCUCCCAAGGAGAUCAGGGAGGCCCACAAGAAACUCGGCCAGCAGCUUAAGGCUGCGACAAAGAGCCUAGAAGAUGAGCUCCAGGCCGAACAUAGGAAGGAUUACUUCUUCUAUAUCCACAAUGAAAUGAUGAGGAGGCAGUUGAAUAGGCCGCUGAACGAGACGGUGGAGGAGGCUGCCCAGCCUGUCAUCGAACAUCAGCUCGAAGAACGGACACAACUGCAGCUAGUCCUUUGCGAUCUCUCCAAAGACCUUAGUCCUCAAGCCAUCGUUGCUCGAAAGGUCUCUGCGAUAAACCUCCAGAUCGCGCUCGCGUCGCGAAAAGAACUCAUGACCCGCCAGCGACGAUCCGCUCCAACCAAGAAUCCUCUUGAGGAAGAAUCUCCUAUCCGCGCCCCGGCUCCUACUCCCGCUCUCGAUCCCUUCCCGCCAGCUAGUAAGUUUCCACUCGUCUGCGACAAGACUCAGUGCAUAUUUUGUAUUGGCAACGAGUCGCUCUCGUAUGGCCAACGAACGCGUAAGUUUCGCCGGCCUUCGCAUAUGUGGGACCAUGUCGAGAAUAUUCACUUGCGCGGCGUGUCAGCAGAGCAACGAACUAUGUGUCACCACCCUAUCUGCAAGGCGGAGGGAUUAAUGUUUGACGGCGUGAUGCUCUUCAAGAAUCAUGUGGCGACAGUCCACAAGGUCUGCCUCCGACCUAACGUGUCUACUCGUUAA